AUGACGACGCGAAUUGAGAAUGUCCUGGCUGCUAGAGACUCCUCCCUCAAGGAUGAGAACGACUGGGAAGAGUUUGCCCUAACCGAUGUCAAGGUUCUUGUGCCUGGCAAGGCGCGCUAUGCUAAUGUCCUGACUGCUUCUCCAGAGAAUCCAGUCCGUGUCACAGGCCAGCUAGAAAUUGUAGAGGAGGAGCAGGAGGAUCUUGUCCUGGAUGAUAACUACCGAAAUAAACGAGUUCUCAUUGAUAACGUCACUCACUAUGCCUACGGACAACAUGACGAUGGUGAGAUUGGUUUGUGGGUUGCGGGCUCAGCAGGAUGGUUUUCCAUUGCACCCGCCAGAGGCUUCAAACCGAUGUUCAACGAAAUGGUAGAGGCCAUUGAUCUUCUUUAUUUUCUAGCGGAUAAACACCAAAAUAACAAGCGGCGGGGCAAAAAGUGGAAUCCGAAAAUAGAUUAUCUUUUCGACGAGUAUACGAAGCACACCAAUGGGGCUUGUGAGGAUGCAGAAGAUUCAGCGGAAGUGUUUUAUAAGCACCAUGAAUUUCUAAUAAACCAGAUGGUUCAGGGCAAGGAGAAUGUGGAUUGGGCUUCGACCCCAAUAUGUGCUCAUCUACGAGAAUUAUAUCCGGACGUCUUUGAGCGUGAGGAGGCAAUUGCACAGGAAGCCCGAGAUGAGAGUGAAUCGGACGAAGAACCAGAGGGAUCUCUUGAUGCUCCAGACGUCGGUAGAGAACAGGCUAAUACAGUGUUUGAAGUUAUCUUAGACAUGAAGGAGUCUGGGUUACUUUCUAAACGACGGCUUAAUGUGAUGACUGUUGCAGAAACCCUUCUAAAACGAUACGAGAUGACCUCUUUAAAUUAUGCUCUCGAUCUGAUUCGCGCACGAGCCGGAUUCCUUAUUGAAAUGAUGGAUAAUGCGCAAACCUCAAAAUUUGACUGGUCUCGAAAGGCGAUAUAUCGGCAGCUAAAAGAGUUGGAAAGUUCAGAAAGUCUACAAGACAUCAGUGCAACCCCACUGCAUCCCAGAGCGCCAAUGGGGGACAGCGCCUCUUCUCCAUCUGGAGAAGAAAGUGAAGAGGAGGAUGAAUUCCCUCUCCCAAAGGGGCGAAGGCGACGGGUACGGAAAUCUCUCCUUCGACCAAAGAUGAGCUCAGUUUCGGCCAAGGGAGCUAGCAAACGUAAUUCACAAGCGGUGGAAAAUACAGAUUCAGAUUCAGAAGAGGAGGAGCUGACGUUGGCGGAGGAUACAUCUUCGAAAACACGAGGCCACCGUCUGGUUCACGAUCCGUUGUCCGCGAAGGUAAAUGAGAGCACUCGUUCCGUCUUAUCUAGUUCAGACGUCGCCUCAACAAGGAAAAUACCAUUGCAGAAAAUCUUUGAUAGCAUCAUGGCGACCAAUCACCCUGCGAACAGUAACAACGAAAACAUAAGUCAUUCCUCAGAAAACUUAGAGCCUGCUAAUUUACCUCCGGAUACUUGGGUCUGUUCCGUUCAAGGAUGCGGUAAAAUUAUUUACAAAGCCGGUUCAAAACGAUCCAAAGAGUCGAUCCUAGACCACUCCCUGGUCCAUGCAGAGGACACGCAGACCAAACUGAACCUUGUCUUCGCGGAGCAGCGCCAAAAUGUCAACGUCUCCAUUAGUCAUCUUAUAAAUCGUAUCCGCGAUUUUGGAUCCCAUCAGGAAUCGGCAGGAACUUCUGAGUUGGAGAUUGGUGAAUCAUCUUCCCCAAAGCGAGCGAAGCGAUGA